AUGGGUUCCUCUGUCUUUGACAUUGACGGGGGAAGCUCAGAUUUUGAGCCAGCGCCUAAAGCGAAAGCCAAGCCUGCGAAAAAGGCAACGGUUCCUAAAGUGCCGAAAACAAGUGCACCCAAAGCGAAAACGGGUCCGAAACCCAAGGCUACCGUUCCAAAGAAGCGCACCAAGAAGGAUGCUGAAAACGACGAGGAUGAGGUCGAUGACGCCAGAGAUGCUUUCGACGACGAGUCGCUCCUGGCAGAUACUCCUCCGCAAUCCAAGAAAGUGAAGGCCAAUCCCAAUCCAGUCAAGGGUAGCCAUAAGAAGCCUUUAGGCGACUUGGUCAAUGAGGCCAUUGGUGCCGACGGCGCCAAUGAUUCACCACACCCUCAGAAGAAGAAACGAGUGUCGGAGCAAUAUCAGAAAUUGACACAGCUGGAGCAUAUUAUCAAACGUCCCGACACAUACAUUGGAUCAGUAGAGCGCACGGAGAAGCAGAUGUGGGUCUACAACACCGAACAAGACAGCAUGGAAUUCCGAGAAGUAUCCUACGUCCCUGGUAUUUUCAAGAUUUUUGAUGAAAUACUGGUCAACGCGGCAGACAACAAGCAAAAUGACAAGAACAUGAGCGAACUUCGAGUUACUAUCGAUCGAGAACAUGGUGAAAUCAGUGUUUACAACAACGGUCGUGGUAUUCCCAUUGAAAUUCACUCCAAAGAGAAGAUUUAUAUCCCGGAAAUGAUCUUUGGCCACCUUCUCACAGGUUCGAACUACGACGACAAUGAACAAAAAGUUACUGGAGGCAGAAAUGGAUAUGGUGCGAAACUUUGUAACAUAUUCAGUACAGAAUUCACCAUCGAAACUGCUGAUGCCCGCCAGAAGAAGAAGUACAAGCAGACUUGGACCAAUAACAUGUCUCAAAUGGGAAAGGCAAAGAUCACAGAUUGCAAAGGCGAGGACUAUACCAAAGUCACCUUCAAGCCUGACUUCGCCAAAUUUGGCAUGGGAGGUAUGGAUGAUGACCUCGAGGCGCUUUUCAAGCGUAGAGUCUAUGAUUUAGCAGGCACUUGCCGGGGUGUCACUGUGAAGCUGAACAGCUCACGCCUUCCAGUCCAGAACUUCAAGAAAUACAUCGAGAUGUACACAAAGGCCAUCAAAAAGGAACGAGGUGAAGAGGCUGCAAAUGACAAAUCCGAAAUCAUCACCGAGUCUACUGAUCCUCGCUGGGAGAUUGGUUUCACUGUUUCUGACGGCUCUUUCCAACAAGUCUCAUUUGUCAACUCCGUUGCCACCACGUCUGGUGGCACUCACGUCAACUAUAUCGCGGAUCAGAUCGUCAACAAGCUGAUCGAUGUUGUCAAAAAGAAGAACAAAAACGGGGCGACGCUGAAACCAAAUCAGAUCCGCAACCACAUUUUCGUCUUUGUCAAUGCGCUGAUUGUCAAUCCAGCUUUCACUUCCCAGACCAAAGAACAACUCACCACCAAGUCUAGCCAAUUUGGCAGCAAGUGUCAAGUCUCCGAUGCGUUUAUGAAGAAAGUCAUGAAUACCGACGUCGUUGCUAACAUUCUCCACUUUGCUCAGCAGAAGGCAGAUCAGAUCCUCAAAAAAUCUGAUGGAAGUAAACGAAGUCGAAUGAACAACCCCAAAUUGACAGAUGCGAACAAAGCGGGUACCAAAGAAGGCUAUAAGUGCACUUUGAUCUUGACAGAAGGUGACUCGGCCAAAGGUCUUGCCAUGGCAGGUCGAUCAGUCGUGGGCCCCGACUUAUGGGGUGUAUUCCCUCUCCGUGGCAAGCUCCUAAACGUCCGAGAUGCUUCGAUUGACCAAAUUUCGAAGAACGCAGAGAUCCAGAACAUCAAGAACUUCCUUGGCCUUCAGCAUAAGAAGGUUUAUACCGACAGACAAGGCUUGCGGUACGGUCGGUUAAUGAUCAUGACUGAUCAGGAUCAUGAUGGUAGCCACAUUAAGGGCUUGUUGAUCAACUUUUUACAAGUGCAGUUCCCUAGUCUGUUGAAAAUUCCAGACUUCCUAGUUGAAUUCAUCACUCCCAUCAUCAAAGUCUGGAAAGGCGACCCACAGAACCCCUCUCAAUCCCGGGCGUUCUAUACCAUACCUGAGUAUGAGGCAUGGAAGGAAGCACACAAACAUGAACGUGGGUGGGAGAACAAGUACUACAAAGGAUUGGGCACAAGUACCACCGAAGAGGCCCAGCAAUACUUCAAUGAUUUAGAUACCCACCACAAAGAGUUUGACACUAUGAAGGAUGACGAGGCCGCCCUAAUUGAGCUCGCCUUCUCAAAAAAGAAGGCAGACGAGCGAAAGGAGUGGUUGCGACAAUUCAAACCAGGAACUUACCUUGAUCACAAUAUCAAGAAGAUCACUUACUCUGAUUUUGUCAACAAAGAGUUGAUCCUCUUCAGUAUGGCUGACAACAUAAGAUCCAUCCCCUCUGUCGUCGAUGGUCUGAAGCCUGGUCAACGAAAGGUCAUGUACGCGUGUUUCAAACGAAAUCUGAAGAAGGACAUGAAGGUGGCCGAGCUUGCCGCUCUCGUUGGUGGUAUGACUGCUUACCACCACGGCGAAACCUCCCUGCAGCAAACUAUCGUCGGGUUGGCCCAGAAUUUUGUGGGAUCUAACAAUGUCAAUCUACUGGUUCCUUCCGGCCAGUUUGGCACGCGAAAUCAGGGCGGCAACGAUUGCGCCAGUGCUCGUUAUAUCUUCACUCGGCUGUCGCCUUUCGCCAGGAAACUAUUCCACCAGGCAGACGAACCGCUUCUCACCUACAAUACAGAUGAUGAUCGCAAGAUCGAGCCUGAGGUCUAUGUACCCAUAAUUCCUAUGAUUCUCGUCAACGGAGCUGACGGAAUCGGCACGGGUUGGAGUUCGUCCAUUCCGAACUACAAUCCUGAGGAUAUCGUCGACAAUCUCAAACGACGAAUGGCUGGCGAAGAGUGGAAACCGAUGCAACCCUGGUUUCGUGGCUUCAAGGGCGAAGUCAAAGAGACUGCCCCAGAUCGUUACCAGUUCAGCGGCAUCAUCCAUCAAAGUGGAUCCACUGAAGUCGAAAUCACCGAACUACCCAUUCGGACUUGGACACAAGAUUUCAAAGACAAACUGGAAGAGAUUAUCAAGGCUGAGAAAGUCCCCUCGUUCAUAAAGGACUACAAGGAUUACAAUACUCAUGACCAGGUUCAUUUCAUUAUCCAGAUGGACGAGAAGCAUAUGGAUAAGGCUAACGAAGAAGGCUUGGUUGAGAAAUUCAAGCUGAACAAGUCUAUCGCCACAUCCAACCUUGUAGCCUUUGAUCCUGAAGGACGCAUCACCAAAUAUGCAAAUGUCGAAGCCAUCAUGAACGAAUUCUACAGUUACCGGCUUCAGCUGUACGCGAAACGAAAAGAGCGGUUGCUGCAGGACUUGCAAAAGGACUUGAGACGUUUGACAAACCAAGCUCGAUUCAUUCAGAUGAUCAUUGAUGGGAAGCUUAGCAUCUCCAAGAAGAAAAAGGCUAUUCUUAUUGCCGAGCUGCAGAAGUUGAACUUCGAGCCUUUCCCAAAAUCCAAGGAUGCCACCAAAGAAGAAGAGAUUCUUCGCGCUGCUCAAGACGAUGAAAAUGAAGACGAUAACACUGAGGCGAGCGCAUAUGAUUAUCUGCUUGGCAUGGCUCUGUGGUCAUUAACCCAAGAACGGGUAGAGAGACUGCUGAAGCAGAUUGGCGACAAAGAGACAGAAAUUGAUGCCUUGAUGCAGAAAUCAAAGGAAGAUCUCUGGAGACAAGACCUGGAUGAUUUCAUCGCAGAAUGGCGCUUUCAAUUGGAAGACGAGCAUGAGCGGAAGCGAAAGGUCCGGAAAGGACGACGUGUCUCCAAGAAAUUCGCAACAGCAGCUUCGAAACCAAAGGGCAAGAAGCGUAAAGGCAUGGGUGAUUCUUCAGACGAUUCCGAUUUUGAGGCGUCUGCGCCCAAGGCGAAAAAGCCUAUCCCUGCGCCAAAACCAGUUCAGAAGCCUGUACCAAAGCAGCGGACUAUCGAAGCAUAUGCUGCGCCGAAAUCUAAUGCUCUGGCGCAUGCGAUGGAGCAGAGGAAGCUGUAUACGGACGGCAAUAGCGAUCCUUUAGAAGAACCAGAAGACCUCGCAGACCCUCUCAGAGGUGACUUGGCAGUCAAGACCGAGUCUCAGACCGAAGUAAUUUCCACCAAGCCUACUAAUCGACAAGCUCGAGCAGUCACAAAGAAGCCAACAAACUAUGCUUUGCUAAGUGAUUCCGAGAGUGAUAAUGGGGAUGGCUUGCUUGCGGAUCUUGGUGAUAUGGUCAAGGGAUUGCCGAGCAAGGCGACAACUGACAGCGGCAACGAGUCCCGCACAUUGUUUUCUGCCUCUGCGUCGAGACCCACCAGCAGCCAUGGCUACAAACUUCCUAUCAAAGCUGCUCCUAGAGAGGAUCUCUCCGCCGACGAGACAGACUAUAAGAGGUUGGCCCCACAGUCUUCGCCGAGACGAUCCAUCAUCGUCACAAGCAAAGAAGAAGCCAAUGAUGUCGAGGAGAGUGACGACGAUAUCGUUCCGGCAAGAGCAUCGAACAAGGUGGCGCCGAAGAAACAGCAUGACGUUAUGGACUUGGACAGCGACAGUGAUGUCGUUAUGCCCAAGAAAACUGCACCUGUCAGAAAGUCGGUUAAGGACACUCAACCCAAGGCCAGGAAACCUGCGGCAAAGAAAUCCGCUCCUGCAUCAAAGAAAGUCGAGCAGUCACCGGUAGCCAAGGCGUAUGCCAAACGACUGGCGAAAAAAAAGGUGGUCGAUUCUGAUGAUGAGAUGGAUAUACUCGCAGAUGAUAUUUUAAAAUCACCAUCUGCGUCAGACUCAGAUGAGCCCGUGAUCCGCAAACCUGCCGCACGCCCAGCAAGACGAGCGGUGGCUACGAAGAAGACCGCAAAAUACACGUUUGACGAGGAUGACGAGGAUGGAGACGAAGGAACUCAGGAGGAUGCCUCUUCUGCGGCGUUUUCAGAGAGUGAAUGA